UUAUUUGUCAUUUCUUCUUACUCUCCCAAAUGAUGGAAUUUAACUGUGUUCAAUUUCUCCAAAACAAGACUAUUCUUGUCACCGGCGCUACCGGUUUCCUUGCCAAAGUUUUUGUCGAGAAAAUUCUGAGAGUACAACCAAAUGUGAAAAAGCUGUACCUUGUGGUGAGGGCAUCCGACAGUGAAGCUGCGAUGAAACGCUUACGAGCAGAGGUGUUUGAGAAAGAUCUUUUCAAGGUGUUGAGAGAGAAUAUUGGCGAAGAGAAUUUGAAUACAUUGUUGUCUGAAAAAGUUGUCCCGGUAGCAGGUGAUAUUUCGACCGAUUGUUUUGGCGUGAAAGACUCUAAUCUCAGAGAACGUAUGCAAAAAGAAAUUGAUAUUGUCGUAAAUGUCGCAGCCACAACAAACUUUGACGAAAGAUAUGACGUUGGGCUUGAAAUCAACACAUUUGGAGCUCUCAAUGUCCUUAACUUCGCCAAAAAAUGUGUUAAAGCACAAUUGCUUCUCCAUGUCUCAACGGCUUAUGUUUGUGGAGAAAAGUCUGGUCUCCUACGUGAAAAACCAUUCGCAAUGGAAGAGAUUCGUAACGAAGCUGGUCAUCAAUUGGAUAUAAACUUUGAAAUGGAUUUGAUGAAGAAAAGAUUAAAAGAGCUCCAUGACCAAGAUUGUUCAGAUGAAGACAUUACUCUCUCCAUGAAGGAACUCGGAAUGGAAAGGGCAAAGCUCCAUGGAUGGCCAAACACAUAUGUUUUCACCAAAUCAAUGGGAGAGAUGCUUAUUGGUAACCAUAGAGAAAGUCUUCCUCUUGUCAUCAUCCGUCCCACGAUGAUCACCAGCACUCUUUCUGAACCAUUUCCUGGUUGGAUCGAAGGGUUAAGAACUGUAGACAGCGUGAUUGUUGCAUACGGAAAGGGAGUGCUCAAGUGUUUUCUUGUCGAUGUGAACUCAGUCUGCGAUAUGAUACCAGUGGAUAUGGUGGCAAACGCGAUGAUCACGGCUACAGCUACACAUGCUGGAGGUUCAGGGGUUCACAUGGUGUACCAUGUUGGUUCAUCGCACCAAAACCCAGUGACAUUUGGAGAAAUUCAUGAGAUUUCCGUUCGUUACUUUACUAAAAGCCCUUUGCGUAGUCGCAAUGGCUCGCUCAUUGCCGUCUCAAAAGUGAGGCUUAUAUCAACCAUGGCUUUGUUCAGCCUGUACAUGACCCUACGUUUCAAACUACCUUUACAGUUGUUGAAAUUAAUUGACAUAAUAUAUCCUUGGAGAAGCGGAGAUAAAUACGGAGACAAGAACCACAAAAUCAAUAUGGUGAUGAGAUUGGUAGAGCUUUACGAGCCUUACGUACUCUUCAAGGGCAUAUUCGACGAUAGGAAUACUAAGAGCUUAUGCGCCAAUCAAAAAGAAGAUGAGACAAAAACUUCAAAGGGAUCGAUGUUUGAUUUUGACCCAAAAGGCAUUAAUUGGGGAGACUACCUCACAAGUGUACAUAUUCCUGGCCUCAUCACACACGUACUUAAGAAAUAAAAACAACAAACGCAGUUUAUUGAUGAACUCUGCAUGAAUCACCAAUAAAACAGCAACUCAUGAUGGAAAAGUAUAAUUUAUUUGUAACACAAACGUAAUUCUUUUGAAUUAAGAUUUAUCUUCUGUUUUUCUUGUAAUGGAAUUAGUGUGCUACUUAUUUGACAAUACUGCUCUCGUAAUUCCAAAAAGUAUGAUAUUAUCAUUUUCUGUCAACAAAUAUGAUAUUAUCAGUUAGGCAUAUAUUAUUAUUGUGUUAUAAUUUUAUUGUUUGUUGUUUUGACUAAA